ACGUCCGCUGCCUGGUCGUUCUCACCGUGACAAAAUACAGGUCGAGACGCACCAGACGGGAGCUGCGUUUUCAAGGCAACGGCCGCCGGGUACAGAAAACAAUAAAGAGUAGGUGCAGGAAGCGUAGCUGUGUCUCUCUCCCUGCACGCAGCAGCAUGCAUUUACCCGGGCUGUCCCUUGCCAGCACCCCGAUUUCGCAGACGGUGCUCCCUCCUCGGAGACGGUACGCUGUCACCCCCUUGGCCUUGCCUGUUGUGUGUCCGGCUGUCGUCCCUCUGUCUGUCAAUCAGUGCGGCGCCCGCGUGAACCCGCUUCACCCCCCAGCUGAAAGAAGACGCACUGUGAGUCUGGAGACGCUGGCAGCGCACCACUAUAACCAGCAGAGGGUGCUGGUCAUGCAGCAGAAGGAGUUCUGCAGGUACCACCAGGGCUGGCAGAGACCUUUCUACGGCUCCUGUGCAGACAAGGAGGAGUACAGGCAGGAAGUGCGCGCCUUACUGAAGAGGCAGAUUAGAGAGAAGUGGGAGGAGCAGAGGCAGGCACUGGCCAAUCGCAUGCGAGAGGUGGAGGCAGUGAGUGAGGCAGACCGGCUGGCACUGAACCAGGACCUGGAGCAGAAUCGGAUCCGGGCCAGAGCACUCGCAGUGUUCAGAGACGAGAACAAGAGGCUGAUGGAGCAGUCCUGGAAGGAGCGCAGUGUGUCAAGGUCAUUGGAAGCCCUGAGAGAGAGAGACCUGCUGCAGUACAAUCCAAUCAACUGGAGCGGCACACUGAAAUAAGCUGAGGACUGGGUACUGGACCUGGGUUCAAUACCCCAACACAAAAAAAAGUGUGUUUUAUUUUUAUUACUGGUUAAAAGGCGCACUAAGAUGUUUCUUCUGAAACACCUUAAUACAUUAUCAUUAAGAAAAAGUUAAAAAUUGGGUAAUGAGAAGUGAAUCUUGCCUCUGAGUUUGCGAUGGUGUGUUUGAAUCCACUAGAGUAAGCAGUUCUAUAGGUGUUGUAAAGAACAGAAUGAAAGGCUAACAGGCUGACCUCUCAAUCAAGUUAUUACAUUCAUUACAGAAAUUCUCAUAAGUCUAAUAAAGAUCAUUGAUACUAA